GCCGGGGGCGGGCUCCCGCCGCGGUCAUUGAGAAAGCCGCCGGUGCCCCGCGGGCGCGGCAGCGCUGCGCUCCCGGCCGCAGCAGCAUUUCUGCCAUGGAGCAGCAGCAGCCCCCUGUCCCAGCAUGACAGAGCAAGUCCCUGAGGCACAGCACGUCCAGGCCCAGCAGAAGACACGAGGGAGGAGGUCAGGACGUGUGGAACUCCUGGGCUGGUCAGAAGGCACGCUGUGAAAGGUAAAUGGGAGAUUUGGAGACUAGCUUAAUCCAUGCACGAAAAGCAUGUAGAAUAGAGCAAAUGGUAGCAAAAUGGCUUCAUCGCUCUCGGGACAGCGCACCCAGGGGCAGCGUGGCAGCCAUGGACAGCGCUGGGGACAGCCCAGCCCAGCCCCCCAGCCGGGCCAAGGUGACGGUGACGGUGUACAAGGACCUGGUGCUGCAGCACUACGGCUUCGAGAUCUGCCCCGGGCUGCCCCUGACCAUCGCCUCCGUCACGGCAGGCAGCACGGCCGACGGCAAGCUGCAGCCGGGGGACCAGCUGCUCUCCAUCAACUCCAGCGCGGUGGACGGGCUGUCCGUGGAGCGGGCCGCCAGCCUGAUCAGGGACGCCGGGGACGAGCUGCUGCUGACCGUCCUGCGCUGCGCGGCCGGCGGCCCCAAGUCGUCGUUCCUGACCGAGGAGAAGAGGGCCAGGCUGAAAACCAACCCGGUCAAAGUGCGGUUUGCCGAGGAGGUGCUGCUGAACGGGCACUCGCAGGGCAGCUCCCUCCUGUUCAUGCCCAACGUUCUCAAGGUGUACCUGGAGAACGGACAGACCAAGGCGUUCAGGUUUGAGAGCAGCACCACUGUGAAGGACAUCGUGCUGACGCUGCAGGAGAAGCUGUCCAUCCGCAGCAUCGCGCACUUCGCGCUGGCGCUGGAGGAGCAGUACAGCCUGGCCAAGAUCCACCUGCUGCACGAGGAGGAGCUCAUUGCGCAGGUGGUCCAGAAGAGAGACUCUCACGACUACCGCUGCCUCUUCAGGGUGUGCUUUGUGCCCAGGGACCCCUUGGACCUCCUGCAGGAAGACCCGGUGGCCUUUGAGUAUCUGUACCUGCAGAGCUGCAGCGACGUGCUCCAGGAGAGGUUUGCAGUGGAGAUGAAGUGCAGCGUGGCGCUGCGCCUGGCCGCCCUGCACAUCCAGGAGAGGAUCUCUGCCUGCGCCCAGCCACAGAAGGUGUCCCUGAAAUACAUCGAGAGGGACUGGGGGAUCGAGAACUUCAUCUCGCCCACCUUGCUGCGGAACAUGCGAGGCAAGGACAUCAAGAAAGCCAUCAGCUACCACCUGAAGAGGAACCAGGUGCUGCUGGACCCUCGGCAGAAGCAGGCGCCCGGCGCGGCCCAGGUGCGCCUGAGCUACCUGCAGAUCCUGGGGGAGCUGAAGAUGUACAGCGGCAUGAUCUUCAACGCCACCAUGAUGCUGCAGGACAGGGAGUCCUACGUGGCGCUGCUGGUGGGCGCCAAGCACGGCGUGAGCCAGAUCGUCAACAGCAAGCUGAACAUGGUCAGCAGCCUGGCCGAGUUCCCCAGCAUCAGCAGGGUGGAGCUCAGCGAGGACUCCGAGCGCGUCAGCACCGUCAAGAUCUACCUGCAGGACCUGAAGGUGCUUACUCUGCUGCUGGAGUCAAACAGUGCUAAGGACCUGGUCUGCCUCAUCGCGGGCUACUACCGGCUCCUCGUGGAUGCAAACGCCUCCGUGUUCACCUGGGGAGAGAAAAAACAGCAGCUGCACCGUGUCUCGGCUGAGGAAGGGUACGAGUCCCGAGCCUGCAGCGACUCGGAGGACUCCUGGGAGCCGGAGCCCGGCUCGGAGCGCUGCCCGGCCGGCCCCGGGGCCACCGGCGGCGACCCCGGCACCGACAGCGCCUCCGAGGCGUCCGACUCGGCGCGCACCGAGAGCCGCGGCUGCAAGACGAGCGGCUCCAGCGAGUCCGUGGAUGCGCUGGAGGAAGAGGAGCUGGGAGCGUGCUCUUCCUCCCGGCCGGAGCUGCCCCCCGUGCGGGAGAUGAGCGGCGCCCACCGGGGCAGCGGGGGCUGCUCCUGCUCCCCGCCGGGGCCCCGCGGGCUGUGCUGCACCGCGUCCCCCGGGGACAGCGGCGAGCCGGUGCUGCGGCCGCCGCCGGGCUUCGCGGACUCCAGCUCCGAGGAGGAGUUCUACGACGCUGCCGACAGGCUCAGCCCCGCCGAGCUGGCAGGCCACGACACAGCGUCCUGGGAGGGCACGGAGCACUCCUCCUGCAUCCCCCAGAGGCUGCGGUGCUACAGCCUGGGGCAGAGCCCCGCAAGGAGGGAGAAGCAGGGCCAGGAGAAGGAGCUGACCUGCAGCAGGAGCCUGAGGAAGAGAAGGUCCUUCCUGAAAACUGACUACACCUCGCAGGUCAGUUUCCCUGCAGCUGCCCCAGGCUCUCCCCAGCGCUGCUGCUCCUGGCCGCCCGCGCAGCCCCCGACGGAGGACACGGGGAAGGACACGGAGAGGGGGCUGGCCGCAGCCCCCCGGGCCCAGGGGGGCUCUGCUGGCGCAGACCCCUGCUCUGCCCCGCGGCACACAGAGCCUGACACCACGGAGACGAAGUCGGCGAUGGAACGGCUGGUCGCCUCCCUGCUGGACGUUCACCCUGCUGGUGGCCAGCGUGGGGAGCAGGACAGCAGCCCGCAGCCACAGCAGCCCCCUUUGCUGGCCCCGGAGCCCCCUCCCCACGGCCAGAGUGGAGCUGCCCAGGAGAGCGCCCCGGGGGAGGCAGACCCCGGCCGUCUGAGCGGGGAGAGCCGUGUGCCCGCUGCAGGGCUGCAGGAGCAGGGGGCUGAGCUGCCGGGCACGCAGCCCCGGGCCAGCGCUGCGCCCUGCGCUGCUGCGGGCCCCUCCGACCAGCCCCUGCUGCCGCCGCCGGCCCCCGGCCCCGGCGCGGCCCCUCCCCGGCAGCCCACCCAGCAGCGGGGGCUGCUCCCUGCCGGGCUGGAGCCUUCCCUGGCCCCCUGGCAGGACAGCAACGCCGAGGGCCACAGCUGUGGCAGCGGCAAGGGCAGCGCUGAUGGUCACGGCAGUGCUGGCGGUCAGUGCCAAGGUGGUGGUCAGGGCAGUGCCCAGGGUCAGUGCUGUGUCCAGGAUCAGUGCCAUGGUGAUGGGGUGUGCCAUGCCCAGGGUCAGGGCCGUGCUGAUGGUCAGGGCCAUGCUGAUGGUCAGGGGAGUGUCCAUGGUCAGGACAGUGCCCAUGCUCAGGGCCAUGGUGAUGAUCAAGGCCAUGGUGAUGGUCAGUGCCAUGGCCAGGGCCAGUGCCAUGCCCAGGGUCAGUGCUAUGUCAAUGCUCAAUGCCUUGCUGAUGGCCAGGGCAGUGCCCAGGGUCAGUGCCAUGGCGAUGGUCAGUGCCAUGGCAAUGGUCAGUGUCAUGGUGAUGGUCAGGGCAGUGCCCAGGGUCAGUGCCAUGGCGAUGGUCAGUGUCAUGGCAAUGGUCAGUGUCAUGGUGAUGGUCAGGGCAAUGCCCUGGGUCAGUGCCAUGGUGAUGGUCAGUGUCAUGGUGAUGGUCAGUGCCAUGGCAAUGCUCAGUGCUGUGCCCAGGGUCAGUGCCAUGCUCGGGGUCAGUGCCGUGCCAGCAGCAGCUGCGAGGUGGCGGUGUCCCAGCCCGUGUCCCAGCCCCUAUCCCAGCCCGUGUCCCAGCCCGUGUCCCAGCCCGUGUCCCAGCCCGUGCUGUCCAGCAGCGGGCCGGGCAGCGGGCAGACCCUCUGGAAGGGGCUCGGGGGGCAGGCGCUGCUCCCGCACCCAGCGCAGCUCCUGGCCGGCUGCAGCAGCGCCUCGGGGCUGCUCAGCCGCCUCUCCUGGCUCUCUCUGGGGGUCACGACAGACCCCGUGCCACUCAGCGCCGUGUCACACGGCCUGCAGGACCGCGGGCACGACCCACUGCAGGCAAGCCGCGGGUGUCUGGGGGCCGGGGCGGGUGGCAGGACGCUGCCAGCAUCCCCUGCAGGAGCGGGCUCUGCCAGGGAGCUGCUGAGCAGCCCUGGGCAGGGCGCAGGGCAGCCAGGAGAGCCGAGACAUGAGCCUCAGCAGCAGACCCAAGGAGACCCAAAAAGCGAGCCCCAGGCUGCACAGGCUUGUCUGCCCAGAGAGCAGGCGGCGGGGCUGGGGAAGGACUGCUCCCUGCCUGCACCUGCAGGGCUUGCCACCUCCUCAGUUCCCCUGGGGCAAGGAGCAGGAGCCCGGGGGGCUGCACAGCACUCGUUCCCGUGCUUUACCGCCGAGCAGGGUGAGCAGACCCCCGCGCCCCCCGUGCCCUGCCCAGCCCCUGGAGGGCUGGAGCGCUGCGGCUGCCGCCUGCCCUACCUCGGCUGCUUCCCGCAGCCCCACAGCCGGGGGGAGCGCGAAUCCAGCCCCCCCGAGCUGCCAGGGCCCCUCACCGCCCCGCCAGCCCGCAGCUGCAGCCCUCCCGGGAGCGCCUUCCCUGUCGCUGUUUCUGGGGACACGGCGGGGCAGGACCCCCACAUCCGAGCGCUGGGGCAGCUGAAGGAGCAGGCGUGGGUGAGCCCCGCGGACUUCUCCCACUUCCUGGCCCGCACCGUGGAGCUGCGGGAGGUCGUGGGGAAGCUCUGCGGCAGCCAGGCCACCCACCUGCGCCACCAGUGCGCGGAGCAGGGCGCGGAGAGCAAGGGCGCCCUGGGCUGGGCGUCCCAGGCGCUGCUGUCCAGCUGCCGGGCGCUGCUGAGCCCGGAGCAGCCUGCCACGGAGGUGCAGUGCGCCCUCAGGGCCACCUUCGACCGGCUGGUGCAGCUGGCAGUGACCUGCUUCCAGGUGACACACUGCCGGCGCUGCGGGCAGCGGCAGCAGGAGCUGGCGGCGGCCCUGGGGGACGUGGUGGGCACCUACCAGCAGCUGGUGCAGGCCCUGCAGCAGCAGCUGCACGGGCAGGUCUGCCCCGAGCUGGGCACCGAGCUGCUGGCCCGCCAGCACACGGCCCUGGCCGCUGCCAUCCUCUGCCUGCUGCAGCAGUUCAGGGCGUCCCCGUGGCUGUGACGGGCAGGGUGGGCAAACACGGGGGGACAGAGGCCCGGGGUGUGCCCUGUGCCAGCUCAGGCUGUCCCCCAGGCCACGUUUAGCCCAGGGUGGGACGUGCCCACGCGCUGGUACGGCUCCCCAAGGGCAGCCCCAGGUGCUCUUGGAGCUCUCCAGCGUGUGUGCCCUGCCCCGGGCUCGUCCCCUGGCUGGCACAGGAGGUGCAGGUGGUCAGCCUGGCGGUGUUCUCUCAGCCGCCUGCCCCGCGGGGAAGGGUGGGAGCCCUUCAGCCUGCCUCAGUCACGCUGCUCAGGCUGGACUGAGGGGACACCAACCCCUAUCCUGGCUGAACGUGGGGCACCCCAGGUGGCUCUCUGCACCUCCCAGCAGGUGCCACCCACCUGGCCAGGCACAGGGCACAGCCACCCCUCCUGCUGACAGCCCCCUGGGGGUACUGGGGCUGGCUGCCCCUCCCGGGGAGCUCUGGGGGCUGCACUCAGCUGAGCGGCACCGCUGGGCUGCAGUGACAGCAGCACCUCUCCCCAGGCACGCUGGGGACAGGCCUGUCCCCUGGCUCUGGGACACUGAAGGGGAUCAUCUGCACACGCAGCUGCCAAGAGCCCCCAGGGCACAGCAGCGGGCACUGGCCAGCACAGCUCCUGCCACGGCUGCAGCUCAGGUUCAGCCCUGGCCUGGCUGAACCCCCGGCGCUCCUGCACUGUCACACGCGCUGGGACACAAGCCCCAGGGCUGUGAACGGGUUUGCUGUGAGACAGGAAUGAAAACACAUAACCAAACUUACCUCAGGUGGCCUCCAGGCCCUGCUGCCACCGGCCAGGAGGUUUCAGGGCUCGUCUGGCAGCAGUGGCUGAGGUAAUGUGUGGGCUCAGCUGCAGCAAACACGCUCCUGCUGUGGCUUGGCACCUGACACUGCUCCGUGCAGGGCACAGCCCAGCCCAGGGACCUGCAGCAGGGACACGGGUGGCACACACAGGUCCCUGACCCCGUGCCGAGGUACCACUCAUCAGUAGCUGUAGGGACACAAUGGGGAUCUAAAC